UCCAACGUGGCAAUAAUUUCUCUGUUUCAAAUUUUCUCUUUCUCUAUAAUCAGCUCCUUCUAUUUUUCUUUUCCUUCGCAUCCUUUAAGACUGAACCUUUUUCCUUCUCUGAAACCUCUCAAAUUCCUUUCGGUUUAGCUUCUUUUCUUUGCUAUUAAUACACACCCAUUUUAGCUUUCUCCUUGUUCUCUUCUGCCUCUUUCUUUCUUUUUAUUUUCUUGAACUGAAAACUUAAAAAAAUCUGAAAUCAUGGCUUUUUCCCUCAAAAAACCAGCUUCUUUUGUUUGCUUCUUGGGGGUUUUAAUAUGCAGAUUACGGUUGUAACUUGAAAAAGAAACUUUUCUGUUAUCUGUUAUUAUAACCCUGAUCAUAUAUCUUCCUCCUCGUUCCACAAAAUCUUUUCAUUCUUCAAAAGAAAAAAAAAAAGAGAACAAGACCAGCCUUUCGAUUUUGAUUCUCAAUAUGUUUGACUUGUUGUUGAAGCCAAGGUUCUAUGCAAAAUGUAAAUCGGCAUUAAGGAUGAACAAGGUGAGACUUGAGACUAUAAAGAAGAAGAGAAAUGCGGUGGAGAAGUAUUUGAAGAAUGACAUCGCUGACCUUCUCAGGAAUGGUCUUGAUUACAAUGCUUAUGGAAGGGCUGAAGGUCUUCUGAUUGAGAAAAACAGAACAGCCUGUUACAAUUUCAUAGAGCAGUUUUCUGAGUGCAUCUCAAAGCAUGUCUCACUCAUGCAAAAGCAGAGUGAGUGUCCUGAGGAAUGCAGAAAAGCUGUACCAUCUCUAAUAUAUGCAGCAGCCAGAUUUGCUGAUUUGCCAGAACUACGCAAUCUCAGAACUAUUUUUACUGAGAAAUAUGGAAAUUCCCUAGAAUCCUAUUUAAAUCAAGAGUUUGUGCAGAAGCUAAAGGCAGAACCUCCUACUAAGGAGAUGAAGCUUCAAUUGAUGCAUGACAUAGCACAAGAGUUUUCUAUUGAAUGGGACUCCAAGGCUUUGGAACAGAAACUGUUUAAGACACCUCCAUCAGAACAAAAUGAGGCCCGGCACAAGACUUUAAAUGAACCUGAUGAUGAUGGAUGCGAGUUGUACAGAAGCAAGAAUGAUGCCUUCAAGAAAAGCAACAAUCAUGAUGAUGAGAAUGGAUCGAGUAACAUGCAUGAUUACAGGAGGCCAAAAAAAAAUGAAAUAGACCUCACUUUUCGUGGUAGAAAGGAGGACGCUGAUGAUAAAUUCAAGCUGCAUAGCAGCAGUGAGGGUGAAUUGACUGAUCAUGAUAUCCCAAAGACUAGUUCCACUUCAGAUGAGGAUGGUGCAGAAAACAGGAAGCCCUUUUACCACAGAUUUAUUCCUCCUCCAUAUGUCACGCAAUCCCCUGGCAAGGAAAAAAGCAGCACGGGGGAGCCCACAGCACCAAUUGAUAAUACUGACAACAAGAAAAGCAAUAAAUGGAAUGAUUCAGCUGGUGAAAGUAAGCCAAAACCAAGAUCAGUUAGGAGGAGACCUUUGAAACCACCACCAGGUCGUGAAUGCUUAAGCAGUUUUGGAAAUGAUGGGGCAGCAAAUAUUAGUUCAACCACAGCGAAUCACAAAGAAGCAAGAAAAGGUUUGGCAUCCAUACAAAUGGAGGAAAGCGAUCAGAGGGAUGAAGAGGAGAAGACAAUGGAUGGGCUUUUGAUGCAUUACAGCAAGAAAAAGUCACCUAAUGAACAGGUGAGCAAAUGGAAAGCAAAUCUAACACCUCCUCCUGGAAGACGAACAGCUGAAGACACCAGUGAAGGUUCAGGGUUACGAAGCACUAAAUCUGAUCCAAGUUCUCCUCCAGGCAGAGCUGCAUCUUUUCUAAAAGAAGCAACAAGUCCAACUGAGGCAGCAGGGAGGCAAACCCCAGCCUCAUUCCAGCUAGACAUGUUUGCUGGCCAUGUGCAUCCCAAGCUACCAGAAUAUGAUGAUUUGGCAACUCGGCUUGCUGCUCUACGAAAGGGAUAAAAGAAAAUAGCAUUAGGAGAGUAGAGAUAUUACCUUACAUUCAAUCUAAUUCUCUCUAGUAUUUUCACAUUUGAAAGGCAUAUAUAGGAAAUUAGUUUGGUGGUUCAUUCACUUACUAUAUAUAGCUCCACAUUUGAUUAUGAAAAAAGCAUUGGACGGUCAUUCAAGAAAGCCAAAAAAAAAGGCUUGUAAAAUAGAUUUGGUUAUGUAUAGAUGACAGUAUAAGUUGUUUAAUAUGAACAGAUUUUGGCUAUUUUUCCAUCAAUGAUUUGAACUUGGAAGAUGAAUUGCAAUAAUCUUUAUUAACAGGUUUUCAAUCGAUGUUGGAAGUUAUUGUCUGCUUCAGAUUUUGUGCCACUUAUUGGAGGGAAAUGAAGUUUCUAAACUUAAACAGUUUAAGAUGG